AGUGAAGACAAUAAUCUGAAUAUUACGCGGGAGUUGCAGUUUGGUACCAAGGUUGCUUUUUAUUUGUAUUAUAUUUCUGUAACAAAAUAUCAUCUUGCAUUCAAAAUACCCUGUAACAAUGGAUCCGUCUGAGGUGGAGUUCCUCGCUGAGAAGGAAAUGGUGAAGAUAAUACCUAAUUUCAGCCUUGACAAAGUGUACCUCAUUGGGGGCGAUUUGGGACCAUUCAAUCCAGGCUUGCCAGUAGAAGUACCCGUUUGGUUGGCACUCAAUUUAAAGCAGAGACAGAAAUGCAGGAUUGUACCACCAGAAUGGAUGGAUGUUGAGAAACUUGAGGAAAUCCGUGAGCAGGAAAGGAAAGAGGACACCUUUACGCCAAUACCAAGUCCAUACUACAUGGAGCUUACAAAACUUCUACUGAAUCAUGCUGCUGACAACAUCCCUAAAGCUGAUGAGAUCCGGACACUGGUGAAAGACAUCUGGGACACACGCAUUGCCAAGCUGCGCCUGUCUAUUGAUAGCUUCAUCAACCAACAGGAAGCCCAUGCUAAGCUGGAUAACCUGACCCUGAUGGAGAUCAACACCACACGCUCAUUCCUGCUGGACUCCCUGAACUGCAUGUACAAGCUGCGCACUAAUGUCCAGCCUAGUACGGCAGCAGAGAAGACCAUGGACUACUAGAGGGACCAGGAGUGUACACCCAUAGCCCACCUCAGUGGAAACAGCACUUGACAUGACGGCCUGGUCAAAUCUAGACCACUUACUUUACAGACUGCAUGCCUACUGUGUGGCACAGUGAGACUGUCAUAUAGAACUAGGACACAGCCAGAAUUAUAGCAGCAUUGAAUAUGGACACUGCACCCAAGGCAGGCUGAUAUCAUUUCCUGUUUGUAUGGAGGCUGUUUGCAUUCCUUGUGUUUAUGGAGGCCCUCAGAUCCAAAAGAGUGCUUAAAGCACUACCUGAAGAGAGACCUGUCCAGGUAAUAAGGUAAUAAAGCAUUAGAAGAGAAAAGAUCAUUGUAAACUGAAAAUAAAUGCUCUGAUGUA